AUGUCAAUAUGCGCUGUGCGUUUUCUUUCUCUUGAUUAUGAUAGGUAUACCUGUAGCUCACUUUGCCCGAGGAGGUAUUCGUCGAUUUAUGCAUUUUAUCUAUCUAUCUAUCUAUGUUCGUGUAACGUGCCUGUAGGUAGGUUAAUGUUGUUAUAUGCAUCGAUAUAUUUUGGUGUUGUGUAUGAUAAAUUCAUAUUUAUUCAUUUGACUCCAUCACUGCCUCCACGUACAUCAUCACCAACACCCACUUCAUACCACGUUAAUUCCCCACCAACACCACCCGAGGGUAUCUCAGCCUUAUCAUACACUUCCAGGCAUGUCAGUACCCCACCCUCGACCAUGGCAAGGUCAUUUUACAAACUACAAAGAGACACAUCGGUACAGAUAAACAUCUUUCAUAAUUCCAUCUAUCUCUUUCUCACUCUCUCUCUGUCUUUUCCUCUCUCUCAAACACACACUAUCUGUUUCUGUCUCUCUAUGUCACUUUGUCUCUGUCUCCUCCACCCUGUUUCAAUCUAUCUAUCUAUCUAUCUAUCUAUCUAUCUAUCUAUCUAUCUAUCUCCCGACUUGAGAUCAUUACCUUUCAUGGCGUAUGACGAUCAAUCCUAUCUAUCUAUCUAUCUAUCUAUCUAUCUAUGUUUUCAUAUUCUCUAUUCUCGUCUGUCUGUCUGUCUGUCUGUCUAUCUAUCUAUCUAUCUAUCUAUCUAUCUAUCUAUCUAUCUAUCUAUCUAUCUAAUUCUACUUUACUCUCUCGCGCUGUAUUUCGAUUCCCUAGGAAGGAGACAUCGACACCAAACCUUCUUAAGUAUUCUAUCUAUCUAUCUAUCUAUCUAUCUAUCUAUCUAUCUGCACGGGGCUCAUGUUCUUAGCCGAAUAUUGAAAUCGAUACAUAUUUUCGACACCAUUGCCAUAACCAUCACCAACACAUUUCAUCGUACGCUAGUAACGGGAGAUGCGCACCACGCGCACGUCGGAGGAAGGAUUGCUGCGCGUCUUCGUCUUCGUCUCGUCUGUGUGUGUGCCCGCACGUGGUGCAUCGAACGCCGGCUCACUAAGCACGACCGGAGAUUGUACGAGUAG